GCUGCUGUUUUCAACACAGAGGAGAAGGCGGGAGAAAGUUCCAGCUGCCGCAGACGGCGUUCUGUCAUUAGCUCCGAUGGACGUGUAGCUCAAAAGACUUGGAUGUACGCUCUUCCAGUGGAUCGGCGGGUCGGGGGCUCGUCGAAGUGAUCGACUGGUGCGGAAGCCAAAUAUGGGAAUGAACAGCAGUGCAUGGUAACAAUUGAAAUAGCUGAGAAGGAGCAGAGUGAAAUCCGCAGGGAGCGUGAGCGGUUGUCGCCCAAGGAAGCAAAUCCCGGGCCAUGGAUGAACUCGAAGCUGAGCAACGACAGCGGUUUGAGGUGCGCAGCACAAGAGGACCCACCGGGCGAUUGCGAGCCAUCCUUUAGCGUUCGCUGCUUGAAAGAAGGAGGUGAAGAAGUGGGCCCCGGCUCUUCUCCCUGCGCUUCUGAGCAGCGGGCACCGUUGGUUCUGGGCUGUGUCGCAUGUAUAGUAGGCAUCGUAUCUUCCCUUCAGUUGCGGGUGGGUUUCAGAGGACGAAUCAGCGCCCGCUGCCUUUUGCUGCCGCACCAAUCUGAGCAAAGUUCCUCGUUUUCGUCCUUUGGUGGCUCUAUGAGGACGCUUCUCCAUCCGAUGUGCACCCCUCCUCCUCGACCGAAGUGGGUGCGCUGCUUUUGAUUUAGCCGGAAACCAGGCGCUUGCACCCAAAGACUAGAGACGCGCAGGUUGUGUUCCGUCAUCAUUGUCGUACCAAUGCCCUUACCUCACGAGAAAGGGGUCCUCAUGCACUGCGUUUGCCUCAAUCGCUAGACCGGGUCGGUCACCCUGUGCGUGCACUAAAGUCUAUCGUACUGUGGUUUUCGAUAUCUUCUUUGCGAUUGCUCGAUUGCACCCGUUGGAAGUCGUAUCUACGCUCUCCCCUCACUCGUAUUCUCGUGCUUUUCAAGAGGUAUGAGAUUUUCGUGUCCCGUUAAUUCGGAGCAUUUUCGGUAGAGAAUGGGGUGAGUCUGCGUGCCGUGCAUCUUUUCGACCUAGCAUUAGGUGGUUCGUACCGAAUUCCGGUCAUGCGGAGAAAUACGACGGCCAGCAUGCGGAGUAGUGUUUGGCUGCCUUCUGGUUGAAGAACGGGAGCCCUUUGAAGUGCUGCGAAGACUUACUGCCCGAACUUCGGAGGAUCGCAUGGUUCUGACCCUGAAGAUGUUGCUGCGGAGCAGUUCGACUCCCCUUCUAACAUCCUUGACUGGCGUGCCUCUGGCUUCGCUUCCCUAUACCUGGACAGGUCGGGAUGUCGAACGAGAGAAGGAGUCACCGCGGCGUCCUGGCUUGCACAGGUCCGUCUCUUUCUCUUCAGUUGCCCUAGUUUCAGGAGCAUCUUCUCCAAUAUCGCAGCAUGUCGGUCUGGUUGACGAUAACCGCUCCGUGGAUGGUUCGGAGUGGGACUUCAGUGGAGACGUUGUACCUUGGCCUAGAUUCAAAAGGGUUCAAUCUGAAGGUGAACUCGAGGUCCUCAGUCCAGGGUCCUCCUUGAUCGCAGCCGCCGAAUCUCUAUUACCUCCUCCGUCGAGGAAUGGAAACUCGGAGACUAAUUUUGAUGGGGAUAAGAAGUUCAGUACUAUCGGACGACAGUGGAGUCGUCGAGUUUUACUACGGAGGCAGUCGUCAUUGAGUGUGAUCCCCUCUAACAGCGAGGGCUCUAGCAGCUGCGCGUCCGAAUCGGAGGAUGUUCAAAUUGAAUCGCUGGAAGGUGUGGAAAUAGAUACUCCAGGUUUUAACGACGUAGUCGAAGAUGAAAUUCCCGAUUAUGGCACCUCCAGUGGUAACGAGGGUUUCCGCGGGUCGGAUUACCUCACUCAGAUGGGAGAAUACUCUUUGCUGAAUCCGAAUUCGACGAAAGCUAAUUGUCUUAACGCUUGUGAUGCGGACGCCGGGAGUUCUGACGGUCUAGAAUCAGAGUUUCGAUUGGCCUCCGAAGCCACUCAAGGUUUUUCUGCCAAGCUGGCAUGGGGGUCCGGAAGAGAUGGCAGCGGCUAUCACGGUGCCAGUGAUGGCGAAGGGUACACAUCAAUUGCAACUGCGGCAAAUGGAAACCUUCUGAUUUGCAACUCACGAGGUUGCAAGCCAGUGACGAACUCCGAUCACGUCGGUCCAAUGUUCAUAGCUGGCGGGUUUGGAAUGGGCGGUGGCGGUGGUAGUGGGCGCAAUGGCAGCGUCGGUACCAGUGGGGGCUCAGGACGCGGCGACUCACUGGGAACGGACGCCUACUACAAACGAGCUCUGGAAGCUGACCCUGGACAUCCUCUACUUCUUCGAAACUAUGCCAAGUUUUUGCAUGAGGUGAAGCGCGACACCUCGAAAGCGGAGUCUUACUAUGAGAGGGCCAUACUAGCUAAUCCAGGUGAUGGCGAAGUGCUUGGACUGUACGCGAAGCUCAUCUGGGAUGUCUACAAAGAUGAAGAAAGAUCUGGAAGCUACUUUGAGCAAGCCUUGCAGGCGGCUCCUGAUAAUUCUUAUGUUGUGGCCGCUUAUGCCUCCUUCAUGUGGGCUUCGGACGAUGUCGAGGAGAGUCCAGAGCAGCUGCUGCACUGCAGUGGACAAGGUGCUGGUUUGCCUUCACGAUACAGUUCUGUAACAUCGUAGCAUCCUGAGUCAGAUCAGUGUCAGGAACAUACUCUUCUCAAACAGUUGGUAAUUUAUUUUCUCUGUAGGUAGCUGACCAAAUACAUCUUCAAUAGAGCAUUUCUUGACACGGUUAGGCGGUCUCGAGUAGCUCGGUUCAGAGGGUAUUAUUAGACCCUUUCGACCAUAUUUAUUUAAUUUCAGAAGCAACACCGUGCUAUACAUGAUAUUUCCGCUGUACAGCUUAGCUUCCGUAGGCUGGUGUAUUCUUGAGGAUUUUGCCGGACACUUUUGCCAGCAAAUUUCCCACCCUUCCCUUGAUGUUCCUGAUGGUCAAAGUGGCCCCGUUGUACUCAAGUGAGUUUGUAGUUUAUUAAACUUCCGAGGUUUGUGAGUAGUUCUUUCGCGCUGUUCGAUCCAAGGCACAUGCCUAUGUAGAUAAAAUAUGUACAUCAUUGAGAUAAUGGAGAAACCGAGCCAGAACUCUCGAUUUGGUAGGUA